GAGAGAAAUGGAAGGCAUGAGAGUUGUGGAGAUAGAGAGAGUGUUCUUUGAUUUGUUCUUAGAAGCAAUUCUUUUAAUCAACUUCCACAAAAACAACAAUCACAUUCAAAAUCUCUUCUUUUUAAAUUUAUUUUAUUAUUAUUAUUAUGGGUUUAUUCUUCAAAUUAUUAUUACUAUUGUUAUUUGUCGAAUAAAUAGUAAAUAUGAUGAAGAAUACUCCUACUAAAUAGUAAGUACCAAUCUUGUUGCUUUAAUUCUUCAAACCCCCCUUAAAUUUUAACAAUUAAAACUAUUUGAGUUUGGUCGUUAUCAUUGUUUUUUGUUAUUGUUAAUCCCCAAUUCUCUCCUAAUGCAAGUCCUUUACGAGCAAUUUCCUAAUAUUCGUGGAUUACAAUAAUUUCUAGAUAAAGAUGAUUUUUUCUUGAUAUAUAGAGAGGAAUCAGGAUAAUCUUUUGGGGUUUUGAUUUUGAUUGCCUUUCUGGGGAUUUUGCAAUGGGGGGUGGGAGUUUUGAUGGAGAGGAGAAACUUCAUGAAAAUGGUGGUGCUGGUGGGGAACGUAAAACUAAGAGAAUUAUGAAGACCCCUUUUCAACUUGAACUUCUGGAAAAAGCUUAUCAACUUGAUAAUUAUCCCUCAGAUUCUGUGAGGGCAGAACUUUCAGCCAAAACGGAGUUAUCUGAUAGGCAAUUGCAGAUGUGGUUUUGCCAUAGGAGGUUAAAGGACAGGAAGGGCUUAGAAAAGAAGACAAAGAAGGGGGAGGCUUCACCGCCUGCAACCGCCUCAGUUGGUGUUGCAGUGGCUGGGACUCUGCCACGGCCGCCUCCUGCGGGUCCCAUAGAUGAUACGUUGGAUGAUGACUUGGGGAAUGAACAUGGUUCAGGUUCUGGGUCAGGGUCUAGCCCUUAUGGUCAUAUGGAUCCACACCGGGCCUAUGUGGGUCAUCCUGAUGGUGCUGUACUGAGAAUUAGUGGGCGUGGAAGGUAUCAUGAGCCUUCUCAAUCACUAAUUCAAUACAGGGCUAUUGCAUUUGUGGAAGCACAGCUUGGGGAGCCAUUAACAGAAGAUAGUCCUGCUCUUGGGAUAGAGUUUGAUCCUUUGCCACCUGGUGCUUUUAAUGCUCCCAUUGCAAUAACAACGGCACCACAAAAGACAUUAGGAAAGACGUACGAGGCUUCAUCUUCAAAGGGUCGUAGUAGAGCUCUACAUGAGUACCAGUUUCUUCCAGAACAGCCAACUGUGAGAAGCGAAUCUUAUGAAAGAGUUUCUCAAUCUCAUUACUACGGCUCACCUUCUGGUCGGCCAGGAAACAAGACACCUCCUUUAUCUAACGGACGCUCAUACAUACAUGGGUAUGAAGAAGUGCCUGUGGCAUAUGGUGGUCCAAAUCACGUUAUGAUGUCUACUUCAGAGGACUAUGAAGCCAUAGCAAGGAAGUCUCCGUAUCUGAAUGUGGGCAUGGAAUCACCUCUCAAUACACAUCCAACCUCAGGAAGGGAUAGUGCACUUAUGCCACCUGAAAGGUGUGUCAAUUUAAUAGAGGCCGCUGGAAGUAUGGAAAGGAAGCGCAAGUUUGAUGAGGCUAGGGUAGCUAAGGAAAUGGAUGCGAAUGAGAAAAAAAUGCGGAAAGACUUGGAGAGGCAAGAUAUUUUGAGGAGGAAGAGAGAAGAACAAAUUAAGAAGGAUAUGGAGAGGCAAGAGCGUGAGCGAAGGAAAGAAGAGGAGAGGUUACUGUGUGAAAAACAGCGUGAAGAGGAAAGAUACCAGCGGGAGCAAAGGCGUGAAAUGGAACGUAGGGAAAAGAAUUUGUUGAAGGAGUCUGCUCGAGUUGAGAAAAUGAAGCAAAAGGAGGAACUCCGGAGAGAAAAAGAAGCUGCUAGACAGAAAGCUGCUAAUGACAGAGCCGUUGCUAGAAAGCUUGCAAAAGAAUCAACAGAGCUUAUUGAAGAUGAGAGAUUGGAGCUAAUGGAGAUAGCAGUGUCAAGAAAUAAUCUAAAAACUAUCUUGUCACUUGACAGUGAAAUUUUGCAAAAUCUUGAUUCAUUUAAAGAUAUGCUUGGGUUGUUCCCUCCAAACUCUGUGCAGCUGAAGAAGCCGUUUGCCAUACGACCAUGGUUGGAUUCUGAAGAGAAUGUGGGAAAUCUUUUGAUGGUCUGGAGAUUUUUACUUACAUUUGCUGAUGUUCUUGGAUUGUGGCCGUUCACUCUUGAUGAGUUCGUGCAAGCUUUUCAUGAUUAUGAUCCUCGACUACUAGGAGAAAUUUAUGUAGCUCUUCUGAGGACUAUAAUCAAGGAUACAGGACUUGGUGCGAACCUAAACAAUGUGGUUAAUCCUGUUGGUGGACAUCCUCAGAUAGUUGAAGGGGCGUACACAUGGGGUUUUGAUAUACGCAGUUGGCUGUGCAACUUAAGCCCAUUAACAUGGCCAGAAGUUCUGCGGCAGUUGGCUCUAUCAGCCGGUUUUGGACCUAAACUAAAAAAUAGAAAUGUGGAAGUAUGUUCACGGGAGGAAAAUGAGGGAAAUGAUUGUAUUGACAUAAUAUCUAAUUUAAGAAAUGGAGCAGCUGUUGAAAAUGCUGUUUCGAUUAUGCAUGAGAGGGGUUAUUCAAAUGGACGCAGGUCAAGACACAGAUUGACCCCAGGCACAGUCAAAUUUGCCGCUUAUCAUGUUUUGUCCCUUGAGGGAAGUGAUGGGUUAAAUAUAUUGGAUGUUGCAGAAAAAAUACAGAAAUCUGGUCUUCGUGAUCUAACCACAAGCAAGACUCCUGAAGCAUCAAUUGCAGCAGCUUUGUCCAGAGACACAAAGCUUUUUGAAAGGACUGCUCCUUCAACAUAUUGUGUGCGUUCACCCUACAGGAAGAAUCCUGUCGAUGCAGAGGCUAUUCUCUCUUCUGCCAGGGAAAAAAUUCGUGUAUUUAAAAGUGGUUUGGUAGAGGAAGUCGAAGCAGAUGUUGACGGGAUGGAGGUUGAUGAUGCUGAGAAAGAUGAAGACUCAGAGAGUGAUACAGCUGAAGAUCCCGAGAUUGAUGACUUGGUUACUGUGCUAACCCCGGACAAAGAUGCAAAUACCCCUUAUGACGUGAAUAGUUGCGUGCCAAAAGUCGGUUCAGACAAUGGAAGUGAAUCGCUUUACCAUAUUGAUGAUAAAGCAUCCAAUGGAGUUGGAACUUCUGCUUAUCUUGAAAGCUUCAAGAUACAUGACAAUGGAUGUUUUGUAGAAGAAUCGAAGGAUGUUGAUGGGAUUUGUCUGGGGGGAAAUAAUAGUGAUCAUGAAGACUCUGAUAUCGACGAAAGCUGUCCUGGUGAAGCUUGGGUUCAGGGACUUAUGGAGGGGGAAUUCUCUAAACUUAGCGUCGAAGAGCGCCUCAAUGCCCUGGUUGCCCUUGUUGGUGUUGCUACUGAGGGCAACACAAUUAGAGUUGUUCUAGAGGAGCGUUUGGAAGCCGCAACUGCACUGAAAAAGCAAAUGUGGGCUGAAGCUCAACUGGACAAGCGCCGGUUGAAGGAGGAAUAUUUGAUGAAGACGCCUUACGCAUCACUUGUCCCAAACAAGAUGGAAUCAAACAUGAUGGCAUCUGCAGCGGAUAAUGGGCAUAUGCUUGCAUUGGAUGAAAAAGAAGCAAUGGGAAAUCCCGCACUGCAGCAAAAACACUUCAUUGAUUCUCAUAAUGACAAUAAUCUACAUGCAUAUCCUCACUCUGAAAAGAAUUCGACAAUGUCAAAUUUUGUUUCGGGAGUAGAUAACGCUGCUUUACAGCAGUCUACAUAUGCUACCGAGAGGUGUCGUGUUCAGUUGAAGUCCUAUAUUGGACAUAAAGCGGAAGAGUUGUAUGUUUAUAGGUCACUGCCUCUUGGUGAGGAUCGUCGCCGGAACAGAUACUGGCAAUUUAUUGCAUCUGCUUCUUGUAAUGAUCCUGGCACUGGCAGGUUAUUCGUGGAGUUGCGUAAUGGUGGCUGGAGGCUCAUUGAUUCUGAAGAGGAUUUCGACGCUCUCUUAGCUUCACUGGAUGCACGUGGAGUAAGGGAAUCUCAUUUGCAUGCAAUGUUGCGGAAGGUCGAGUUUCUUUUCAAGGAGUGCGGUAGAAGGAAACUAUUGGAUACUAGCACUGAUGGGCAUAACACGUUCUCUGUAAAAGCUGAAGCAUCUGAAGUACCUUCUAACCCCGAAAAUAGUGGGGGUACAGAUAGCCCUAGCAGCACUGUUUGUGCUACAAAUUCUGAAAAUCCUGAACCUUCUUCAUCAUUCAAAAUAGAGAGUGGUAGAAAUAGUGUUGAAAUGAAGAGUUCCUUGAGAAGGUACAAAAUUUUUGAAGAGUGGAUUUGGCAGGAAUGCUUAAACCCAUCAGCUUUACGUGCCACUAAGUAUGGGAAGAAGAGGUGUCUCGAGUUGAUCCGCCGAUGCGAUUCUUGCCGUGAUAUAUACUUCUUUGAAGAUAAUCACUGUCCUAUGUGCCACAAAACAUACAAUGCAUUCGACACGAGCUUUGAUUUCUCCGAGCAUGUGGCCCAGUGCCAAGAAUAUAGGGUUGAUUUUGAAAAAAGCUUCCGGAGUCUAGAAUACCCACCCCCGAGGAUAAGAUUACUCAAGGCUCUCUUAGCCAUUGUUGAGGUUUGCAUCCCUCCUGAAGCUUUUCAACCCGUUUGGUCGGAUGCCUACCGAAAAUCCUGGGGACUGAAGCUGUAUAUGUCUUCAUCAGCAGAAGACUUUCUUCAGGUCCUGACACUACUAGAAGGAGCGAUAAAGAGAGAUUUCUUGUCAUCACAUUUCCAGACUACUGGUGAAUUAUUGGCUUCCGGUAAUACUGUUGGGUAUGUCGUCAAUGAUCCCUCAUAUUUUGGCACUAUAACGAUGCUUCCGUGGAUACCCCAAACGACAUCGGCUGUGGCAUUACGACUGAUGGAGCUUGAUUCUUAUAUUUCGUACCUCCCGGAUGAGAAAGCAAAGGAUAAAGAGCCGAGGCACAUUCUGAAAAUUCCUUCCAAGUACACCGGUGUGAGAAAUGUUCAAGAGGACGAGCUUGCCGGUGUCUCAGGUGAAGUUCAACCGGAAGAAGCGUUAUUGAUCGAUAAAGGGAAUGAUCUUGGCGCUAUUCCCAUAGGUGGUACCCGUGGCCAGGGAGGCCGGGUGCGAACCCGUGGUGGAAGAUCAAAAAGAAGCAGGGUUGAUUCUCAAGCUGGGAAACCUAACAGCAUAAGUGUCGCCUCCAACGAGAAACUUCCCACACUGGGAUGGUCAGGCCGCAGUAUUCCUGGCAAAAGGGGGCAUAAACAGGGUCGUCGGUCUGUCAGAAAAAGGCCGAAACCUGUUAAGAAGGCACCAGCAGCACCAACUACUGGCAUGAGGAGUCUGCCCAAGCCAAUUACCUUCGAUGAAUCUCCUCCGAGAUUUUUGGGGAGAGACGAAUGGAACGGUGAGGAGAUUAGACAGAUGAUGAACGUCAACGAGCCUAGCUAUUCAGACAGAUCAAAUUACGAUGAUGAUAACAACAGGCAGGCUUCUGGAGACGAGUAUGUGGCCAUUGACGACUAUGCUGCUGUUUAUAACAGCUGUCCAAAUACUCAUGUACGAGAAUAUAACGGCGACGACGGUGACUAUAAUGUCGACGAUGGCAACGAAGAAGAUGAUCAUGAUGAAGUGGGUGAUGACGGAUAUCGGGGUGGAGAUAACGGAGAUGUCGGUGGUGGUGAGUAUGAAGAAAGAUAUGUAGAUGUCGGAUAUUUGAAUGCCGGAUUGGAUGAGGGGAACGGAGAUGUGGAUGGGAUGGGUGAUGGGGAUCAAUGUGACAAUUAUGAAUCUGGAUCAACCGACUAUAGUAGUGAUGAUUAAGAUAGCAAUUUUUAUUAUUAGAUAUGCUUAGUCUUUUUUUUUUUUUCUUUUUUUCUUUUGUAAAUGUAAUGGAGUUUGGCUAAUUUAGGAGUAGAUUACUCCUUUCUUCCUUCUGAGUUUGCAUAAAAUUUGAAGCUCACUCGUUUAUGUAGGUUGCGUUUUAAAGUCAAUCGCUACAGUUGUAUUGAAGCCGUGGUUAUUAUUAUGAAAAUUUAAGAUUAUUUUGAAAAGUAAAUAAAAUAUAUAUUAGAAUAAUAAAUGAUUUAUAAAUGUUUAUAUAUUAUUUGUAGAGAGAUUUGUGGCAACAAGUGAUGUACCACAGUUGGUUGAUGGAAGUGGGUUUAUAGGCAAAAUAUAAAUAUAAA